UUUUUUUUUGAAAAUUCAAAAUUAUUCAAAUUUAAGAAAUGACUGAACCAUGUUGUACCUCUGAAUCGCAUGGCAAUCUGAAAGGUACAAUCCCUGACUAACACGACACCCUGAAAAUCAUAGAUAAAAAAAAAAAAGCCAUAAUUUGUUUUUCUGUUGUCUUUCUUCUAAUAAAAACCCUAUUUUCAACUCUCUUUCUCUCUCCAUUUAGUUAACCUCUUAAGACUUGUUGGACCAGCGGUCUUUUACUCUUCUUCAAAUCGUUGAAAUCUACAAAAAUACAGAGAUCCAUAUGCUAUAAUCAGUUUGAAGGGAUUUUGUGUAGCUGAGAAAUAGGGGAGUAAAGAUGGUGAAGAUGACAAUGAUUGCUCGUGUUACCGAUGGUCUUCCUCUGGCAGAGGGACUAGAUGAUGGUCAUCAUUUGAUAGAUGCUGAAAUGUACAAACAGCAAGUUAAGGCUUUGUUUAAGAAUCUCUCCAAGGGCCAUAACGAGGCUUCAAGGAUGUCUAUUGAAACUGGCCCUUUCGUAUUUCACUAUAUCAUUGAAGGACGUGUUUGUUACUUGACAAUGUGUGACCGUGCUUAUCCUAAGAAACUUGCCUUUCAAUAUCUGGAAGACCUCAGGAAUGAAUUUGAGCGUGUUAAUGGAGCUCAAAUUGAAACAGCUGCCAGGCCUUAUGCCUUUAUUAAAUUUGAUACAUUCAUACAGAAAACAAAAAAAUUGUACCAGGACACCCGUACUCAACGGAAUAUUGCAAAGUUGAAUGAUGAACUCUAUGAAGUUCACCAAAUAAUGACUCGCAACGUACAAGAAGUUCUUGGUGUUGGUGAAAAGUUGGACCAGGUCAGUCAAAUGUCCAGCCGUUUGACAUCUGAAUCUCGCAUAUAUGCUGACAAGGCAAGAGAUUUAAAUCGACAGGCUUUAAUUCGGAAGUGGGCUCCUGUUGUCAUUGUGUUAGGAGUUGUCUUCCUCCUCUUCUGGGUGAAAGCAAAGUUAUGGUGAUUCAACUGUGCUUCUUAUUUUUAAGAAUUCAUCAUGGAAUUUCUUGGGUUUCUCUUUGUUGCUGUGGGUAAUUUGUUGUCCACACCUGGAGACCAAACAUUGGAGUGAAUUCUGGUUUUUGUUAAUCACACAAUUCGCUGAAGCAUAGCUACAAAUUUGCAAUGGGGAAUUGUGAAAGAGGGACCCUACCUUAUGAGCAUAUGAUCAAGACAAAACUAUUCUUUCUAUAUGUAAAAGACAGAAUACAAUAGCAAAAAUCGUAAACUGCUUAAAAGCUUCUUGUGGUAAUUAUUCUAACUACUAUCACAUUGUUGCCAUUUUCCUUUGGACUUACUAGUGUUAUUUAAUUUUAAUCUAUGGCGCAUCAUGAUCAUGGGGCAAUAUCUAUGAAGAAGAUCUAGUUAGAUAUAUCAAAUUAGUUUUACACUAUGACAUAGCCAUGUU